AUGCAAGCCCCUGUGCUGGUUAUGAACACCAAUAGCGGUGAGCGGCAGACGGGUCGCAAGGCCCAGCUGUCCAACAUCGCUGCUGCUAAGACCGUUGCCGACAUUAUUCGAUCAUGCCUCGGCCCCAAGGCCAUGUUGAAGAUGCUCUUGGACCCUAUGGGAGGCAUCGUCCUCACAAACGAUGGCCACGCCAUUCUCAGAGAAAUCGAGGUCUCCCAUCCUGCAGCAAAGAGCAUGAUCGAGCUCAGCCGGACGCAAGACGAGGAAGUUGGCGAUGGCACCACGACGGUCAUAAUCAUGGCUGGUGAGAUCCUCGCCCAGUCCCUGCCCCAGCUCGAGCGCAACAUCCACCCCGUCCAGAUCAUCGCUGCCUUCCGCCGCGCGUUGAAGGACGCCCUCGAGAUCAUCGACGACAUUUCCCUCCCCAUCGACGUUAACGACGACAAGGCCAUGCGCGGCCUCAUCUCCUCUUCUAUCGGCACCAAGUUCGUCUCGAGAUGGUCGGACCUGAUGUGCGACCUCGCCCUCAAGGCGGUCCGCACCGUCACGUGGGAGGCCGGCAACGGAAAAACCGAGGUCGACAUCAAGCGUUACGCGCGUGUGGAAAAGGUUCCCGGCGGCGAGAUCGAGGACAGCAGAGUGCUGGACGGUGUUAUGCUCAACAAGGACAUCACCCACCCCAAGAUGCGCCGGAGAAUAGAGAACCCCAGAAUCGUCCUCCUCGAUUGCCCCUUGGAGUACAAGAAGGGCGAGUCGCAAACCAACAUUGAGAUUUCCAAGGAGGAGGACUGGAACCGUAUCUUGCAGAUCGAGGAAGAGCAGGUCAAGGCCAUGUGCGAGGCCGUCCUCGCUCUGAAGCCUGACUUGGUCAUCACUGAGAAGGGUGUCUCAGAUCUCGCCCAGCACUAUUUCGUGAAGGCCAACGUUACCGCGCUCCGCCGUGUCCGCAAGACGGACAACAACAGAAUAGCCAGAGCCACGGGCGCCACCAUCGUCAACCGUGUCGACGAUCUCCAGGACUCCGACGUCGGUACUCUCUGCGGCUUGUUCGAGAUUGAGAAGAUUGGCGACGAGUACUUCACCUUCCUGACCAAGUGCCAGAACCCCAAGGCCUGCACAGUGCUCCUGAGAGGCCCAUCCAAGGACGUGCUGAACGAGAUUGAGCGUAACCUCCAGGACGCUAUGGGUGUCGCCCGUAACGUCAUGUUCAACCCCAGACUUGCUCCUGGCGGUGGUGCGACCGAGAUGGCCGUCUCUGUGCGGUUGAGCCAGCUCGCAAAGGGUGUUGAGGGCGUUCAGCAGUGGCCGUACAAGGCUGUCGCUGAUGCGCUCGAAGUCAUCCCCCGUACCCUGGUGCAGAAUGCCGGUGCCAGCCCCGUCAGAGUCCUGACGGAUCUGCGUGCCAAGCACGCCGAAGGCAAGCACUCUUGGGGUAUCAACGGAGACAGCGGUGUGAUUGCGGACAUGAAGGAAUACGGAGUCUGGGAGCCGGAGGCUAUUAAGUUGCAGAGCAUCAAGACGGCUGUCGAGGCCGCCUGCCUGCUCCUCAGAGUCGACGAUAUUUGCAGUGCGAGAAAGGCUGCGCAAGUAGGCAACGGCCUGCACGGUGGUGGUGACGAAUAA